CCUCCCCCCCCGCCGUUUUCUCGCGCUCGGUUCUAUCCACUCUGCUUUUCAGGCCCUUCGCGCCUCCCCCGCCCACUCCGCUGCAUUCGCCAGGGAGGUCAUUGUCGGGAGAGCGCGUGUUUCCGUCAGGCGCGCCCCGCGCCUUCAGGCCCUGUUGCAGUAGGGCAAGACCGGGACUCGGGGGAUGGGUCUCCUCCCCCCCCGCCGGAGCCGGGGCCGGGGGCGCGCGGAGCUCGUCAGAGGCGGCGCCGGGGGCGCCGCCAGGGGUUCGGCGGUUUUGUGGCUCUUGGUCUCUGGUCCUCUCCGCUGCCGCGGUUGCCAUGGGCCUGCUGAAGGGGCUCGACCCGCUGCUCACAGCGGACCUGCUCUACGUGCUGCGAGCAAUGGGCCACGGCGACGAGCUCGUGGUAUGCGACUGCAACUUCCCUGCCACUACCACGGCAGAGGCCACCACGACGAAAAAGCUCGUCUCUCUGCCUGGGGCCGACUGCCCCCAGGCCAUCGACGCCAUCUGUUCGGUGUUGCCGCUGGAUUUCUUCGUGCCGGAUCCAGCCCACUUCAUGAGUCCACAAGAGGGCGUCGAGCUUCCGCCAGCCGGCAAGAAGGUCCAUGCCACGGUGCAGGCCGCCUUGGAUAAGCAUUGCGGAGUCAAGAUGCAGCCGCUCGAUCGGUUUGCGUUUUACGAGCGAGCGAAAAAGGCAUUCGCGGUGGUUCAAACAAUGGAGCGUAGACCAUAUGGCUGCUACAUCCUCAAGAAAGGCGUUGUCGGCCCUGAUGGCAAUGACUUGAAGCCGUGAGUCGGUCAUGUCUGUCCGCUCGUCUUUCAAGCGGGCGAAGAAGUUUAGCGAGUUGUUUUCGGUGUGCGCCUCGCGCACCGGCUGGACAACAUGUACUUGCUUCUGGUCCCAGUCCCUCUUUCUCCUUCUGCCGCCCCCGCCCCAUUUCCAUGGUGCCGCUCGUCUGUGCUCCCACCCCCUCCCGAGGACGGACGAGG